AUGUUGUGUACUGAGAAAGGCCAGGAGGAGAUCCUCAAGUUCCUGGUGUCACAUGAUGCUUCUCUCUCUGUGAAGACAUUUGGAGAGGGAGCUGAUCUGUCAUUUGCUGAUGACAAGGGAAGAGACUGUCUGAUGUAUGCAUGUGAGACAGAGGAAGCUGAUCUGUCCCUCAGUGAUAACAAGGGAAGAGAUUGCCUGAUGUACGCAUGUGAAAGAGAGGGAGCUGAUCUGUCACUUACUGAUAAAACAGGCGGAGACUGUCUGGUGUAUGCAUGUCAGAGAGGACAGAGACUGUCUGAUGUGGGCGUGUGA